AUGUCCCAAGCUGUCGUUGAUCACUUUCAGCAGGCAUUCUCCUCAGAGGUCUCUCACGCACACAGGCUCAGGGUGGGUUUUAGAGUUAUCCCAUCUCACUUUCUUUCGGCUUUAGAUAGGGAGGUGUCGAUGGAGGAAUUAAAAAAGACGGUUUUUGCCUUACCUGGUGAUAAGGUACUUGGGUCGGACAGUUUCCCUCUUAUCUUUUUUUAUAAGUUUUGGAGUCGUAUUAGUUCAGAGCUUUUAGAAAUGAUAAGGGGGUUUUUGAGGAGAGGGGAGUUGUUCAAGCAUGUGAAUUCUACGUUUAUUGCUCUAAUACCAAAGAAAUCAGUGAUUGCUACUUUGGGAGAUAUUAGACCUAUUAGUCUGCUUACGAGCCUUUACAAAAUAGUGGCUAAGGUUCUGGUUGAGAGACUUAAGGAGGUCCUACCUGAAGUAAUUUCAGGACCACAAGCAGCUUUUGUAAAGGAUAGAUUGAUCACUGAUGGUGUACUAGUAGCACAAGACUGCAUUCACUCUAAAAUUAUUGAUGGCAAUCUUAGAGUUGUCAUUAAAUUAGAUAUGGAGAAGGCAUAUGACAUAGUAGAGUGGAAGGUUUUACUUGAAAUAAUGAGAAAUAUGGGUUUCAGUUUUCGGCUUCCUAAUGAUGGCCCUUGUGUUUCUCAUCUACAGUAUGCAGAUGACACUCUUUUAUUUUGUGGAGCUCAGAGAACUGAAGUAUCCAAUAUUGUUGUUUUUCUGAAGUGUUGUGAAAAGGUUUUAGGCUUCAAAGUAAAUUUUACAAAAACUAGCAUGGUGGGCCUUAUUUGCACAGAGGAGGAUGUUUCUCUUUUAGCUCAGGAAUUUGGUUGCAAGAUGGAUAAGUUUCCUAUUACGUACUUGGGUGUGCCUUUAUCUGUUGGUAGGCUCCCCAUUGCAGUAUGGGACAAAAUUCUUCAGUGCAUUCAAAUGAAGUUAGAUCUUUGGAAGUUCAAAUACUUAUCUUUUGAGGGCAGAAUUAAGCUUAUUAAGCCAUAUUUGGAGGUGGUUUUUCGUGAAGAUGGGAGUUGCAUUGGUAAUGCCCCUCUCAGUAGUGGGGAUAAUAGAGGGCCUCUAGAUUCCAUUUUCGAAGCUGGGGACUAUUAUUGGUCGAUAGGCAACCUGGGUGUAUCUGGCUUUGGAGGAGUGAUUCGAGAUUGGGAUGGAGAUGUGGUUCUUUUUUAUGAAGGUCCUCUUGGUGUUCGGACUGCUAACUUCGCUGAACUCUCUGCCCUUCUUUUUGGUCUGCGUACUAUUGUAGAUAGGAAAUUGGGGCAUGAGUUCAUUUUAGAGGGGGAUUCUCGUAAUGUAAUAUUGUGGUGCAAGAAGGAACAACUUUUCCCAUGA